AUGACACAAUAUGUUACUUGUGAUUGGUGGCGUGUUAUAGAGAUUUUUUUUUCCAAUGCAGAUGAUUUGAUCCUUGAAAUUCUUUACAAGUCGAAAGUUGGGACAGUGUUGCGUUCCAAAUGCGUGUGCAGGCAUUGGUGUGAUCUCAUUUCUCAACCAGAAUUCGCAAAAAAUCACUUUGACUCCGCCCCAAAAACCGAGAAACUCCUGUGGAGGACGGGUAUGAUUCCUCAUUUCAGAACCAUUGACUUCAACAAAUCCUUAAACGAUGAUUCUGCAUACAAAAUAUUGUCACCAUGUUUUUUGGGCCCUCAACUUGUGUAUUAUGACAUGUAUAUCUGGGGUUCCUGUGGGAGCUUUAUACUUGUUGGAAUUUCAAGGACUUUUUAUGUAUGGAAUCCUUCAACAGACUACAAAAAACAGAUACCAAAUUCCUUUACAAUGAGGUACACUAGCAAUGCUAGCAAUGACACAUGGUUCCAUGUUGGUUUUGGAUAUGACAGAAACACGGAGGAUUACUUGGUGGUUUUGCUUUGGUGGGACGAUUAUAUAAAAUUUGCAGAAUACUAUUCAGUAAGUGAAAAUGCAUGGAAUAGAGUUUAUACUGAUUCGCCUUAUGUAUCACGUCAUGCAUUCUGGGGGACAUUCUUUGAGAACGCUAUUCACUGGUUGGUUUUUCCCUUUGAUGCGGAUAUGGAGAUUGUACUUUGCUUUGAUUUAGCAGAAAGGAAUUUUAGGGACAUACUUUUGCCGAAUAAUAUUGACUAUACAAAUUCUCCGAGCUUCAAGUUGCGCGUUCUUGGAGGAUUACUCUCCCUGUGUAAUUUUUGUGGCACAGACAAUGGACAAUCGAUGGACCAAACACUAGAAAUAUGGUCAAUGAAAGAGUACGGAGAUCAUACAUCCUGGAGUAAGAUGAUUACUUUGAAUUUCUGUGACACUCCUUCUUGUAGCAUUGUGUCACCAGUAUGCUAUACUGAAUCUGGUGAUAUCUUUGGAAAUAAUCGCGCUGCUUUGCUGGUGAAAUGGAAUGAAGAUGGACAAGUGCAAGAACAAAAAUCCCAUGAGCUUUCAUUCUUCCAACAAUUGGUUGUGUAUAGAGAGAGUUUAUUCAGUAUAUGA